AUGAACGGUGCUGGCGAGAUCUUCGACGACCUUACACACUACCGUUUUGCGCAAGCGUUUGGUGAGCGAGCAACCGCAGAGGUGCCACAGGAAGUGGACCUGAUAUCAGCCGUUCAGUUCAGUAGAACUGGGGACCUGAUCGCGACCGGAGACAAAGGCGGUCGUGUGGUUAUCCUGCAGCGCAUUGAUGCCGGUCGCGGAGAGGCGUUGCGAAGAGAACAGGUUGCUCGGGCGACGCGUCGAUCUCGGUUGGUACAACGAGAAACAAGUCGCAUCCGAGGUAACAGCAGUAGUUGCUCCAGUCAGGGACGGCUUUCAACUGGUCUGUCACCGGUUCCGAUUCCACGUUCACCGCGUAUCGCCGUGGUGGGCCCCCGCUGGUCCGGCAGCCACAGUAAUGGCUCGUAUCGACGUGGAUCGCUCGACCGGAGUCACCUGUCGAACUGCCACAAGCUGUCCCGCCUACAAGGCACGCGUGCCCGAGAAUCCUACCUAGACGACUCGGGCGGAGAGCAUGAGAGCGACUCGAGCGAAAGUAGUGCUAGUGAAUCAAGCACCUCCUCCUCGGAUGAGCGGUCAUCAGCGGCGAGCACGAUGGAAAUGGUCUCUCCGCCGGCUGGCGUCAGCCAUGGUGCCAACGGCGAUGUUGACCUAGAGCUCAACGAAUGUGACGUGCUCAUGACGUCGUGUGCGGACGUUGACGACCGUGCCUUUCAGGAGCGCUCGCGAACACACCUCCUCGAUGCGCUGCCGGGAAUUCGAUCGACUCCUCAUGUCCCGCUGGAUGACGAGGUCUGGGACGACCGCGAGCGGGCAUCCGACGGUCGCAAUGCAGAUGGAGACGAUGGCUUGCGACCAGAUAGAUCACGGAUUCCCGCAUUUGUACCGGAGUAUCGAUUCUGGACGCAGUUUCAGUCUCAUGAACCGGAAUUCGACUACCUCAAGUCACUUGAAAUUGAGGAGAAAAUCAAUCAAAUUCGAUGGUGUCGCGAUGUAUCCGGUGCGUACCGGCUCCUGACUACCAACGAUAAGACAAUUAAGUUGUGGCGCGUGUUCGAGCGUCAAGUACGACAGCUUGUGAGUUUCGAUAACCAGACUGGCGAAGCCGAUACGCGACCAGAAUCACAUCAAGCGUUGAGGCAUCACGAUGCGUCUGCAGAUCCGAGCAGCGCCAUCCGGGGUCUCGUAGAGAGGCCUGCAGAGGACUCAAGCGGUCUUGCGUCCGCAGGAAUCAUUGCGGGUCGCAACGUAUGUCUACCACGUCUACGCCGCGCCGGCUCUAUGGUGAUUGCGGUCCCGAAACGGAUAUUCUCGAAUGCGCACGCCUACCACAUCAAUUCCAUAUCAUUGAAUAGUGAUGAAGAGACCUUCCUCUCGGCAGAUGAUUUGCGAAUUAAUAUCUGGAAUCUAGAAAACUGUAGCACUGGUUUCAAUGUCGUGGACAUCAAGCCCGAGAACAUGGAAGACUUGACGGAGGUCAUCACUGCAGCGGAAUUCCAUCCGCAUCACUGCAAUCUUUUCCUUUACAGCAGCAGUCGCGGUGUUUUGAAACUAUGCGACUUGCGAGUGCGAGCGCUAUGUGAUCAGUCGUGUCGCGAGUACGAGGAGCCGGAGGAUCCCGCCAAUCGCAGUUUUUUCAGCGAAAUCAUUGCAUCCACGAGCGAUGUGACUUUUUCACAUUCGGGUCGGUACGUGCUUGCGCGUGACUACAUGACGCUGAAGCUCUGGGACAUCAACAUGGAGAAGCGACCACUUCUCACCAUUCCCGUGCACGAAUCGUUGCGUUCGCGCCUAUGCGAACUCUACGAGAACGACUGCAUUUUCGACAAGUUUCAGUGCGCUUUCAGCGCGGAUGAUGCCAGCGUUCUCACCGGCUCCUACGGGAACCAGUUCCAGGUCUACUCGAGCAAAAGUGGACGAGGCCUCUGUUACGAAGCCAGUGUUGACUUUGUAAGCAGCGGACGCCCGCCUCGACUGCUCUUUCCCAACGGAAUGAGCUGUAGCAUUGAAACCAUGACCGAUGCAUCCGGUAGCAUGGGCGGGGUGUCGUCGUCGCCGCCGCUCCUGUCCGCGAGCGGCCUCGGACCAACGAUAAGCAGCGGCGUGCCUCCGGAGCCACUGUUGCCCACGCAGAGCCCCAACGCACGAAGGGUACUUCACGUCGCAGCGCACCCGCUCGAGAAUAUUGCGGCCGUCGCUGCAGGUCCUGCGCUCUAUCUCUACAACGCCGUCUUGUCACCGUGCUUUCUCUGA